AUGAAAUUGCCGCUUUUACUUUACUUAUUCGCAUUUUUCGCCAUUUCCGACGCCGUCGUCGCAGACGUCGAAAAUGUUCUGACGCUCUCCGACGACGAGCUUUUCGAAGAGUUUUUGGGGAGUUCCGUCGAUGCGACCGCUCCGAUUUCAGACGAACUGAACAAAGAACUCACCGAUUUGGCCAAAGAGGCGUAGGCGUUGAAAAACUGAAAUUGUGAGUAGAAUAAAAAGUUGGUUUCAGAAUUGAACACGUGAAAGUGCAAUGUGAUUGUGUUCCGAAUUCCUACAGGAUUCUGCUGAAGGUGUGCGACAAGAAGUACGAAUUGGAUACGAUCAGAUCGAAUCGAAAUGUUUGUUUUUAUCCGAUUGCAUUUCCCACUUCGAUCAAUUCAAAAUGCAACAAAAAUAACUUUGGCAAGAGAAACUGGUCCUCGGCCCAUCCCAGUGUGCCUUUUCGAGAAUAUUUUGAUACAUUUUUUAAAAUUUGCAUCCCAAGUUUGAAAAAAGGCAGAUUUAGUUGUGUUAUUUCAGGAGGAGAAGGGACGCAACACGGCGGUCGGAUGCGCGACGGAUCCGAUGAGCGAAUGGUGCGCUGAGCAUUCCGAUCGCAUUCUGAUGGUCAACGUUCCGAAUAAUGCGACGAAAAAGAGCGAUUCUGUGUACAUUCAUUGCUGGUAUUGUGAGUUUUCCAAUCUCCGUGGCUUUCAGGAAUGUGUAAAAAGGUCUGGACUUUUGAGCCACUUGCAAGGAUCCGAUUGGGCCCAAACUUUGCAGAUUUAUUGGACUUGGAUUGAAGUAUUGUGGCCAAAAGUCCAGCCGGCCUUUUGCCCAGCCCUGCCUAAAAAUGACAAUAAUCGUGGAAAUUGAGUUGAAUUUUCAGUGACCCAGGAUGCCGCGGACGGAGAAGCGAGACUCAUUCGAAUCAAGUUCAUCAUCAACUUUUUCGCAAUCAUCGUAGCGAUCUUCAUUAUCAGCAGCUGGUAAUACAUCCAGAAUUUGAAAAAAAACGAUUUGUUUUAUUCUCAGCGACCGCAUCAUCGAGUUCAUCUGUCGAGCGCUUCUCUACCUCUUCGAAGAAUAA